UCAUCAUCGUCAUCAUCAUCAUCAUUACUGUUUUAUAACAACAACAUAGCGCUAUCCUACUUCAAGCUGAUGGUCCCCUGUAAAUUUGCCAGAAAGGGGUUUAGAUUUCUUGCACAUGAUUGGUCAUGGAUCGAUGCACGUUCACGUUAUUCUGCGCGUCCAUUCUUCAGCGUCAUUGUGGAGAGGAGGGAAGCGGUAAAAGUAACAACCAAGUCUGCAUCGUAUGCCUGCCUUUUCCCAUUGCCAAUGAAUUGUCCUCGCAUUCCUAUGUCUUCCAGUUGACAUACUGCACGCACGGCACACCAGUUCUGCAAAGAAACAGGAUAUUCGCAGGCUGUGUGAUUUUCAGCACCUGAUCAUUGCUGACUCUGUUCACCCUUCUGGAUCAUGGCACAGACCAACAGUGUGGGGCAGGGGUGCAAUGGAGUAGCCGAUGAAUCGCCGAACAUGAUUGUAUACAGAAAGAUGGAGGACGUAAUAGCACGCAUGCAGGAUGAGAAGAAUGGAAUUCCUAUCCGCACUGUGAAAAGUUUUUUGUCCAAGAUUCCAAGUGUUUUUUCAGGACUGCAAACAACAGAUAUGAUCUGGAAUCGGCCAGGGUGUCUCUUAGUUGAUAUUAUUCAUUAUACAACAGGUUCUGACAUUGUACAGUGGAUGAUCAAAAACCUGAACAUUGAUGAUCAAGUGGAGGCCCUUCACAUAGGGACCCUGAUGGCUGCCCAUGGCUACUUCUUCCCUAUCUCAGACCACGUACUCACACUCAAAGACGACGGCACUUUUUACAGGUUUCAGACCCCCUACUUCUGGCCAUCAAACUGCUGGGAGCCAGAAAAUACAGACUAUGCUGUUUACCUGUGCAAAAGAACAAUGCAAAACAAAGCUCGUCUGGAGCUAGCAGAUUAUGAGGCGGAGAGCUUAGCGAGGCUACAGAGAGCAUUUGCCAGAAAAUGGGAGUUCAUAUUUAUGCAAGCAGAAGCACAAGCAAAAGUUGACAAAAAAAGGGAUAAGAUUGAGAGGAAAAUUCUCGAUAGUCAAGAAAGAGCAUUUUGGGAUGUGCACAGACCUGUGCCCGGAUGUGUAAACACAACAGAAGUUGACAUAAAGAAGUCCUCCAGAAUGAAAAACCCCCACAAGACAAGAAAGUCUGUAUAUGGGCCUCAGAAUGAUGUGCGCACCCACAGCCCCACCCACACCCCUGCCCCAGAGGCCAAGCCGGCCACAGAGGAGGAGCUACAGGACCAGAUCACUUAUUGGGGAGGGCAAUUAGACAGACAUCGACUGAAAAUGUCCAAAGUGGCCGAGAGUUUGUUGGCCUAUACAGAGCAAUAUGUGGAAUAUGACCCCUUCAUCACGCCAACCGACCCCUCCAACCCCUGGAUCUCAGACGACACCACUGUGUGGGAGCUGGAGGCCAGUAAGGAGCCAGGUCAGCAGAGGGUGAAGAGGUGGGCGUUCGGAAUCAAUGAGGUUCUCAAGGAUCAGGUGGGGAGGGAGCAGUUCCUUAAGUUCCUGGAGUCUGAGUUUAGCUCAGAGAACCUGAGGUUCUGGCUAGCGGUCCAGGAGGUGAAGAAGAGGCCAAUCCGGGAGGUCCCGACCCGGGUUCAGGAGAUCUGGCAGGAGUUCCUGGCCUCUGGAGCUCCCAGUGCCAUCAAUGUUGAUUCUAAGAGCUACGACAAGACCACCCAGAAUGUCAAGGACCCUGGACGCUAUGCCUUUGAAGACGCACAGGAUCACAUCUUCAAGCUGAUGAAGAGUGACUCCUAUAGCCGCUUCAUCCGUUCCAGUGCCUAUCAGGAGCUGUUACAGGCCAAGAAGAAGAAAAGUAAGAACUUGUUUUGAAGGAUUUUGCUUCCAGGGGAAACCCCUUACAUAAAAGAGGCUGACCAGUCUUGUGCCAUCAUGCUAAAACAUAGCCACUCUCGGAUAUAGAGGAGGACCAUAUCAUUUCUACGUCAUCGCCGUUUGCUUUCCACUCAGACGAUGAGCGGGACAGUACAUCAGAUGUUGCAUGUCCAAGGAGAAGACUUGUUAUUCCUUUUACCUGAUCUAUGUCUACUAUUGGAAAGGAGAGGCAUUUGGAGACUUUUACAAAUAUUGGGGCUGGAUAAUGCCUUUCCAGAAAGUCAGUGUCCAGUUACUUACACCAUAUCUGAUGGACAUGUAUGUCCCUCUCCAGCUGAGCUAAUAAUGUCAGAAAUUUUUUAAAAAUGAAGGAAACGUGAGCUUAACAGUAAAUUCUAUUCAAAAUAUCAUCACUAUACAGUACUCGAUCUGUAAUCACAGAUACUUUGGUCACGCUAAGGGAAGUGUUGUGCGGUAUGCAUAAAUGUAAAUUGUUAUGUUCAUUUUGCAUUGAUUUUUAUUGCACUACAAUAAUUAGCACAGUUUUCAUUACACUUGUAAAGUCACAUUUGAGCUGUAAGAAAAGGUGUUUUCUGUCUUAUGUAAAACGUAAUUCUUUGUUACUCUCUCCUGCAUUUAUUUUUAUACCAUAUUUAAAGACACUUAAAAAUGUAUUAAAGUUGUCCCUUUAUCUGUUU